AUGAGGACAGGAACUUCUCUUUUCGCGGUCUCGGGUCUGCUUAGCUCUGUCUUUGCUGCACCAGCUCCAGCACCCAACCGUGUCAAGCCUCGUCAGGAGUCUGCAGUUCAAUUCUUUGAUAACACGAACAACCCUACUGCCACUCCCUUCGGACCAGAGGGCGCAUCUGGCUCGCUGAGAGGAGGAUCUGAGCUUCUGGGCUUCAACCCUACAAAUGUCAUCAGCUCAUACGACCCAGCUGUCGUCCCGUCAAGCGCUUUCAGUGUAGGCCCUCUUCAGACUGCAGAUGCAGAUACAGGUUUCUACCUUGAUCUAAGCAAGAUUGAGAACCCGCAGCCCAUUCGUGGCGAGGGAGGAAAGUCACCUACGGAUCCUGGACCGAGAAACGAGUUGUUAGAGAAGCAGAACCCGGACUUGUACAUUCCUCCGGGCACCGAUGCCGGUGAUGUUUCGAACGCUAAAUGGCCUCUUGGUCUUUCCCACAACAGACACGGACUGAAUGGUGCAGGAUGGGCAAGACAACAGAACGUCAAUCUCUUACCUAACUGCACUGGCNACCAAGCCAAUGAGUGGUCCUAUAUCAUGAACGGUUCAGUUCGCAUCAACGCGGUCAACGAAGCCGGCGAAACCUUUACCGACGAUUUGUCCGCAGGAGAUGUCUGGUUCUUCCCUGCCGGUAUCCCUCACAGCAUUCAAGCCGGACCUACUGGUGUAGAGUUUCUUCUCGUCUUUGACGAAGGCAGUUUCAGCGAAGACAACACCUUCCUGCUCUCGGAACUCUUUGCCAGAAACCCCAAGUCUGUCUUGGCCAAGGAUCUUCGUGUUGACAUCUCGGCCCUGGACCACAUCCCCCAAGACCAACUUUACAUCUUCAAUGGCUCAGCAUACCCAGCCAAUGUUUCUGAUCCACUCAACAACAUCACUGGUCCCGCUGGCGUGAUCCCCAACUCUAAGGGCUAUUCCUACCAUUUCUCUGAACAAGCACCUUACGAAGUCCCUGGUGGCAGUGUCAAGAUCCUUGAUACUCAGACUUUCCCUGCGGCCUUUGACUUUGCUGUCGGCCUCUUCACAAUCAAGCCUGGUGCCAUGCGCGAGUUGCACUGGCACACCACCAGUGACGAAUGGGACUUCAUUUUGUCUGGUCAAGGCAGACUGACUCUCUUCCAAGCACCUCAAGCUUCCCGUACCUUUGAUUUCCAAGCCGGCGAUGUGGGCUACGUUCCUGUAGUCACUGCACACUACCUCGAGAACACUGGAACAGAAGACUUGAUCUACCUUGAGGUGUUGCAGGCACCGAUCUACAACGAUGUCAGUGUUGCACAGUGGUUGGGAUUGACUCCCAAGCAAGUUGUCAAGGAACACUUGGGCUUCAGCGAUGAUACUCUGAACCGCCUACCCAAGAUCAAGCCAUUUAUCUUGCCUGGAGAUACGGACUUGGGUCAAACUAACUUCACUUCUGAGGCCGAGUAG